CGACGGGAUCGAUCCACAUGUCGGAAUGGACUCCCGAUUUUAUCCAGUCGGAGGAGAGUCCCGAUGGUUCGAUGAGUCUAUGGAGAGUAGAGCAUCUAGGAGCGAAGAAUCUGUUGGCACUGGAGGGAUUUUGAUCAAAUUGUCCUGCAUGAGGCAGCUCAUGCCCCGCAUCGGUCAUGAUGUGUUUGGAGUUACCCCGCCGAUGUCGCAUGGCAUCAUCAAUACGAGCUUGACUUUCAUCUUGUUUCUGUACCUUUUCUCUACUCUUUACACUCUCUGUACUCGUGCAAGAUUACAAAAUGUCUCUCAACAAGGUCCUUCUCGUCGGUGCAAACGGUAACCUCGGUACCGUCCUCCUCGAAGGUCUCGUCGCCUCCAAGUCAUUCGACAUCUCUGUCGCCAAGCGCGCAUCCUCUACUUCUACACCCGCCUAUGCCUCGUCUACCACCUCCGUCACCAUCCCCGAUGACAUGUCAGUCGAGGGUCUCGUGCCCGCUCUUAAAGGCCAAGACGUCGUGAUCGCAUCGUUCCCGCUCAAGGAUGUUUCGCAGCACUUGCGACUCGCAGAGGCUUCGGCCAAGGCUGGUGUCAAGCGGUUCAUCCCCGCCGACUUUGGCAGCUGUGAUGCGCAGAGUGAGGAGGCCAAGAAGCUGUUGAAGCUUUACCGUGAUAAGGAUCUCGUGAGGGAGAAGUGUGUUGAGCUUGCGGCGGAGAACCCAGGUUUCUCGUGGACGUCGCUCGUUUGUGGUCACUUUUUCGACUUUGGUAUCCGUGAUGGACUGCUGCACUUUAACCUCGACACCAAUGAGGCUGUCAUUCUUGACAAGGGUGAUAUCCCAGCUUCAGCGGCUACUCUCCGCCGUGUGGGAGAAGCCCUCGUCGCAGUCCUCAAGCGCCCUGACACAACAAAGAACCGCCUCCUCUACGUCCAAAGUUUCCGCAAAACCCAGCUCGAAGUGCUCGCAUCCCUGGAAAAGGCCACCGGUGCAACCUGGUCACGGGAGUUUGUCGACUCCAAGGCAUUCCUUGAGCGCGAGGUGAACAAGUUGUCUGUCAACUUUAGCAAGCACGCCAUGGAGGAGAUUGUGUUUGUGCUUGGUACUCUGGAUGCGGACUGGACAAAGAGGGGUGAGGCGUUUGCUAUGGAGGAGCUUGGUCUUGAGGAUGAGGAUUUGGACAAGGUUGUGCAGGAGGUUGUUGAUCAGUGGAAGAAGGAAAAGGCUGAGCAAAAGUAGAGAAGUAAAGGGCAUAGAUGGGAAUAGACUAUAGACGUCGACCUGGAGAUAUAAUGAUAGACAUUGUCCGUCUUA